CUAAGUGGUCCAGAAAAUUCAGAUCUAAAAGCAAUUUAUUUUCCCUAGUUUUCUUAAUCGGUUCUUAUCUUCUUCGUUCUAACUCGAAUUUCAAAUUUUUUUGCACAGAUGGAAAUGAUAUCAAUUUUCAAUAUAUUUCGAGAAACUUUUUUUUACCAACUACAUACCAUAUGGUAAUUUCUUCAUUUUUAAGUCGUUUUUGAAAACAUUUGCUUAGAAGGAACGAGUUCAUCAUGAUCUAUUGGAUCUAUAAAUUUCUGAGUGAAAAAAAUACUAGAUCAAAAAUUACCAUACUUUACCACUAUGGUAUGUGGGUGGUAAUUUGUGAAAACAAUGAUAAAGUCGUAAAUGACAGUUAGUAUACUCCUAUUAUCAUGUAUCAAUAUCCCAAACCAACUAGACCACAACAAUGCGUAUGUAUUUUUUGAAUUAAAGAGAGAAAAUACUAAAAUAUCUCAAAAUCAUAGGACUAUCCACCGCAACAAUCAAUCAUCGAAUUAAUUAAUAACUGUAAUUAUUUACAAAGUGAACCAUCAUGAUAUACCUAGUUUUAUGAAUCAACUAAGUGAGUUCCUCUAAUCACACAAUUCUUCAACAAGAAUCAAAUAGUACAUUUUCAGUUUAUGUAUGUCUUACAACUUUUCAUUUAUUAGGUUACAUGACUUUGGGGCCUGAGGCAGAGAUGGAUGAUGGCCUUGGGGCAGACCCAUACUUGUUGGGCGUUGAGGCCAUUUUGAACAGGAAAGUGAUCUCAUCCGCUGCAAGAACUCAGCAAUCUAUGACAGCUGGACUUGGUGGGGAACAGAGCACGUUAGGUGGCCAGAACCAAGGUCAAAAUGGACUUCCUGCUCGAGGUGGUAGUGUUGGACAGCAAACUCGCCGCUACACAACGGCUGAAAAAGGGAAGGCGAAAGUGGUAGAUGAUGGUAAGAAGAGUGUUGGGGCAGUCCGCCCAAGAGCAAGAGGUUAUGGAAUUUCUAUACAGAAGUCGAUGUCCCAGUCUCCUCAACCUGCAAAGGCUGCCCCUGCUGUCCGUGACUCGAUUUCCUCGAAAGCUAGACCAGGACGUGCUGGCAAAUCACAUCCGCUGCGCCCUAAACUGGUUUCAAGAUGGGGAUUGGUGAGCUGGAAGGGAUGAUGUUUGACAGGAAGAGGUCCAACCAGGUGGCUGGGGCUCCAUGCUAGUUUAUGAAGUCGAGUUUUGACCUAAAAUUUUAUUAAGCACGUCAAGGUUGAACUAGCUUUCCAGACCUGAAUGUCACAUAAUCGAGCUAGAACUCGUAUCAUUUCUAGGAGCCAAGCUCAAGCUAGGUCUAGGUCGACCACCCUGACUCGACUCAAUUGCAACCCUAGCUCCAUGCUUGAUGAAAAGUAUAUACGAUUCAUUCACUAUCAUUCGGCUAUAAAAUCGAGUCGAAAUCAAAAAGACAUUAAUUAGAUUCAAGACCAAAACCAGUAUCAAAAGAACUCAUCAGUAGGGGCAGGAUUGUUUCAGAGAACUAGGAUCAAAGUUUGAUAACAAAGAAAGCUUUUCUCUAGGCACUCUUAGAAAAGCCAACACUUAAAUCACAGAGAGCUCCCCGCUUGAAGUACAAUGACAUAGUCGGCACAACGAGCAUAAAGUGCUAUAAGUAUACAACAUCAAAAGAAAAUUUGAGCAGUUGGGCCAACAAAUUCCAAAAGAAAAC